AUGUUUCAGACGAGGCAUGGAACCGAAGAAACGACUUUGGACGGUUCGAUGUCAAACGGAGGAGUUGGAAGCAGAAGGGGCAGCACUCCAAGAAUGAAAGAAGUUGACGAAGAAAAAGAAAAAGCACAGUUGGCGGAAGAAGUGGAGAUCGCAAUGUUGAAUAAUGCGUUUGCGCGAUCGUUCUCCAGUCGACGCCGCUUCGCAGUUAUGAGUGCCGUAGAUGGUAUCGAGCUAAGGGAAACGAGUCGAAAAAGUAGUGAAGCUCCUGUAAGUUUUUUUAGCUGACG